CAUUACGAAUGAUUUGAUUCUCACUAUGAUAAAAAAAUCAUACUGUCCAUGACAAAACGGGAGUUAUGCACAUGAUUUUUUGUCAAAAUCGGAUGACUAGCAUUGGACAUCAGUUGUAAGUUCUAUUUUGGUUUCAUAUCGAUCGAUAAUCUCAUUUAUAGGUUACAACCACAUGACGAUGUCUAUCAUCAUCGAAAGAGGAGUAAUACAAAAAAAAUUGUCAAAGAAUCUACAAAAUAUAUUCAAAAUUAGCAACCAAUGUCCCAAUGAAACACACAAAUGCAUUGAGAAUUGAGAGAGGGAUAACAAUGCCCUACUUGGAAGUCCAUUGCAUUAUACUUCUCUUUUCUCUAGCCAUCUCCAAUACUUUCCCAUGUAUAUGAGACUAUUUGAAGGCAAUUUGCAAAGCACAUAAGAAAAAAGGAACCCAUUUCAAAUUAGACCAAACCCAAAUAAUAAAAGCAAGGAAGAUAAGAGAGCCAUGGAGUUUCAUAAUAAUGGUCUUAUUUUGGUGUCUCUUUUAGUAGCUUCAUUUGGGUAUUGCUGCUUCUUGAUGCCUCUUUUGCCCAAAGGCAUCACAAGACUACUAUUCCUUCUUCCUGUAUUUUACAUCCUCUCCAUCUUCCCAUGGAUCUUCUCUUCCAUUGCUCUUAGAUCACUUUCUUCUUUUCUUGUCACAUGGAUCACUUCUUUCAAGCUCAUCCUCCUUUGCUUCGACCAAGGCCCUCUAUUUGAUGCCACCACAAGUUUUCUUGACUUUACCCUCAUAGCCAUCCUCCCAAUCAAGCUCCGGGAAGCCACACAACAUGAUGAUCAUGUACACACUUCAAAUGGUUUAGUGACAAUUGGGGUUUGGUUACUCUCAAUACUAUGGUGCCUAUUCACCCUUAGCACCACCAUAUGGUUACAAUUUCUUGUCCCCGUAGUAAUAAUUCUCGCAUUGAUAUAUUUAUCCUCCACAAGUAGUUCUGCCACUCGUUUGGCUCGUGCUGUGCUGGCUCGCUACGAGAUGGUUCAGUUGUCGGACCACCCAGAAAAUUCGAGCUCUCUACAAAAGUUCUGGGGGAGGAGGUGGAACCGUCUGGCCUCGGACUUACUGAGACAAGCCAUCUACGAUCCCGUUCGAAAUGGUCUGAUCAUGAUUGGGGUUUCUCCUCUAGCAGCCAGAGUGGUCGCAGUGAUUGCGACCUUGAUGGUGUCCGGGCUCAUGCACGAGCUCAUGUUCUACUACAUCACUUGUGGUGCGAGACCCACUUGGGACUUGGCUUUGUUUUUCGUGUUGCAAGAAGUUUGCAUGGCGAUCGAGUAUGCUAUGAGUGGGUCGGCAAUGCCUUAUUGGGCCACGAGAUGGGAACCGGUCGAACCAUCGGUCGCCACUUGGUUGACCCUUGGGUUCGUGUCGGUCACCGGGUUUUGGCUUGUCUUGUUGCCUACUCUAAGGAAGGUAGAAUAUGAAUGUCGUACCGUUCCAAAGGUUUGGUAAUAUUGUUGGCUUCAUUGAGUAUUGUUUCCCAUCGUGUGGGUGUCAAAUUGACUAAGAAUAAAACAAUUGCCUAGAUACUACAGUUCGUUAUUGGUUGUGCUUGUAUCAUUCGCAAAAUUAAUAUAAUAUUCAUUUGAGAGAAGUUUGAAGUAUUCUCAACUCUCUAAUGCCUAUUUUAUGUGUUCUUUUCCUAAUUGAGGAAUUUUAAUUAUAAUUUGCUCCUUAAUAUAUCCGACCAAUUAGUUAUCUAUUAACAUUCGAUUCAUGCUUGUUUAAGGAAGAGAUUCUGUUGGGAUUGUACUCUUUUAGUAUCAUGCGAAAUGAGAUGUUCUAUUCCUAUGGAAUUCUAUUUAUGAGGUUUGAUUUCUUUUCAUAUCAAUGCCUUCAAUGAAUAAUGCUCAAAUUAGGAAUGAGAAUGGUGCAUAACCAUAGGGGUAUUAUAAUACAUAUGUCAACCUAUGAGAAAUUCGAUAUUUUGAUUUAGAGGGUACAAAUUUGGGAUAACCAAUCGGUUAUCUAUCUAAAUACACGUCAUAGAGGGGAAAACGUAGUAGAUCGAUUGAAGUUAAAUUAUGCAAGAAAUGGUGACUCCGCUUCAUGAUCAUUACAUUAGGAUUAAAAUAUGGUGUACUAGGAAUUAUCUUUUGUUAAAAAAAGAGCUGUGUCUCCGAUCCAGCUGCAUAGAGUUCCACGAAAUUUGUAAGGUUCUAUAUCCAAACAAGGCCCUUUCGGCCCAUAAAGAUUCUUAGCCCAU